AUGCUUAUAACGAUAUUUAAAUUACAGGAUCAAAAGAAGUUUUUGAAGGAAUAAAAAAUCUAAAAAAUUUACAAAAAUUAAAUUUGUAAGUUGAAAGUUAUGGGAGCUUAAUAUAUCUUUUGUUAUUAAACCACCUUCCCUUAAUUCAGCCUUAAAAUUUAUAGCUUAAAUACUUUGAUUUUCUUCAAUUUGAAAGAGAAAAAGGGAUUAUUAGUUAAUUAAGCUUUUCAGUAAAUUAGUAUUUUUUUGAUUAAGCUUAAGGAUGUGUUGAAUUUUGCAAAGGCUUAGCUAGUUUUAAAAACUUGA